CAGAAGAGCGGUCCGCCUGGUUACAUGAAGAGAGAAAGAGUGAAGAAGACAGCUGUCCGGACUGCUUGACGUAGACUUUUUGACUGGAAGGUGGAGUUUCGGACUGUGCGAGUAGAGAUACGCAUUGCGUUGUUCCGACUUCCAGCCAUGCAGACGCUGCGCAAUCCCUUGUCCAUUUUUAGAGCGCGAUCACGAAGUCGGGAACGAAGCACUCCUCAACGAGCUGUCACUCAAUCAGAAAAGUCGGACAAAUCUCGAAACAAAAAUGAGUCCACCAACGAAAAAAAGAGCAUCACAGUGAGCAGUAGUGAUGUUAGCAGCAAAACCCAGCUCACAAAGCCCAACAACGAACCAAAAUCCAAAGCCACCCCUGACAAAGCCACAACUCAAAAAUUGUUCAUGAAACGUGACAAGAAUGCAACAGAAUGUCUGGCAGAGACCAAGAUUGAGAGGAAAUCAAUAUGUCGAGAAAAAACGCACAAGAGCAUUGUGCUUCCGCAGCCACGGUUUUACACUUGUGAACGAAUUCAGAAGACUGUUAAGCUGCCGGACAAGAGUAAAAGUAGUUCAGCGAUGAGCAUCAAGAAAUCAACGCACUGGUGUUACGUUGCCGCGCCAAAGCACAUCACUCUACAGCCGGGCCCGUCGAGUGUCGGCGACGGAUUUUCGACUGAAGCCAUGAUCGAGGAGAUCUUCGCCCCGCUACGAGACACCAUAAAAGAGGGCAUCGAAGAGGCACGACAUUUAUCUUCAUCUCCGGAAAAAAUAAAAAUCAAUCACACACCGUCUACUCGACUGGAACAAUGGAAAGCUCAGUUAAACUCCACAACUCCGCGUAUUCGAGACAGUAGUGCACCUGCAACAGUUCAACGCUUAACCAUCAAACCUCAAACCACUCAACUUAACAUUCCUCGCCCUGUGCACUCCACUCAAUCCGCUAGUAACGCUUUAACCACAAUGGAUCAUAGAACAUUACGAGAUGUUAGUUCCAGACGACGAUCUGGAACUUGGCAACCUUUCUCUUCAAAUACAUAUAACGCUGACCGACCUCCAAUAGAUUUUGUGACAUCAACUAGAUAUUCUCAUCAAGAGGCAACAAUAUUCCGGCCGAUAGCUCACCGCCCGAAGCCCGAUUUUAUUAAUCAUAAUGAUAGCAACAGACGAUCUUUUAGAAGAGUUGAUUCAAUUCUCCAUAGUGAAUUGAAGGAUAGCAACGGUUCAUUGUCAGAUCUUCUCAUGAUGUAUCAGGCUAAAGAUACACCUCGAGAGAUGAACGCAUCCAUCCGGUCAACGGCAAGCAAUUCAUCUUCAUUCCCAUACUUCUCACCGGAACAGAUAAAUCAACAAAAGAAUGUGCUGACAACUCUGUCUUCAUCUUCGUCUGGUAUUCAUGUGACGCCAUCUCCCAGCGAUUCGGGUAUAAUUGAUUAUGAGAAUCUCAUUCGGGAUAAGGAAUUGGAACUUCAAGAGAUUAGGAACACCAUGGAACAGAACGAGGAAAUUAUCAUCAAGGUCUACCAAGACAAGGAACGAGCGUGGAAAACAGAGCUGGAAGGUUUGAAAUGUAGAGUGUCGGCUGCUGAAAAAGGAGAAAAAGCUCUUCGAGAACAGCUUUCGAAUUGUCAACGCCAGAAUACGGCAAUGUCAUCCUGCAUGCGAACGGUUCAGGAGGAGAAGACAAGGUUAAUGGGCAAAUGCAUCCAACUUGAAAGAGAGCUUGACAAUCUGCAUAACGUGUCUCUGAAGUCUGCCGGAUGUCCCAAUUGUUCAGUUGCUUCCAAUAUAGAGGAAAAAGACUUACGGAGAGAAGUACAAGAUCUGCGGCAAGAGGUGGCAAAUUUGAAACAAGUCGUGGACGAUGGAAGACAUUUCAAGUCAUCAUAAUUAUUUUAUUUUAUAUUGCAAUUCGAAUCGACCGGUCUAACGAUUUUCUUCUUUUUUUUGUGAAAGCUUUCAUUUUUCUCAUUUUUUGAUUCCUGAUUUUUCGUUUAAUAAAUUUCAAUAUUAACUUU